UUUAAAUGCAACCGGAAGCAUUUACUUUAUGUGACCUUGGAGAAUAAUUCACAUGGUUUCCUCUGUCUUGAAGUCAAAAGAAUACUGAUUAAGUUGAUAGGUGCUAGAAAAUAACGCUGGCUAAUUUUUUUUUCUUGUAGCAUAAAAUCAUAUAGACCAAGUGUAGUAAAAUGGUGUUUCUGACCCUGGCAUGUUGGAUCAGAAGCAGAGGACCUGACAGAUACUGGCGAGUGCAAGAGGUUUUGAAGCAUGCCAGACAUUUUCGUGGAAGGAAGAAUCGAUGUUUUAGCUUGGCUGUGCGAGCAGUUAGAAGAGCUUUUGUCUAUUGUACAAAAGCAAGGAAACAAAAGAGGAGGAAUAUGAGAAAGCUGUGGAUUACAAGAAUUGCAGCAGCAUCUCGUGAACAUGGUUUGAAGUAUCCUGUCCUUAUAAGUAAUCUUGUUAAGACUCAGGUAGCACUGAACAGAAAAGUACUUUCUGACUUGGCUAUCUACGAACCAAAGACCUUUAAGGCUUUGGCUGCAUUAGCAAAGAGACGGAGAGAGGAAGGUUUUCUUGCAGCUCUGGGAGAAGGAAAAGAGCCAGAAGGAGUGUUCUCACGGGUUGUCCAUUUCCGUUGAAGAAUUUUUCAUGUAACCAACCAGCAUUCUGACAACUUGCACUACACGAUUGUUUUGUUUUUGUUUUGGCAUCACAACCAUGGAAAACUGCAGUAAAAAGCCUAAAGCCUUUAGCUGCGGAAGGAAGUAGAUUGCUGUUGGUCAUUACAUGAUCUUGGUGAAUUUUUUUGAUUUUUUUUUCUUUUGGAGCAUUACUAAGGAUUAAUGUAUUGAAAUUGCACUGGUGCAUGUAAUGAUCUCAUCUUGGUUGAACUACAGACCUCCUGAGCUCACUAGGUGUGAUGGCCAGCAAGAAGAACUAUGGGAGUUUCGUCCUGGUAAUCUUGGAAGUUGCUUUUUAACUGAUUUGUGUACCUAUUCUCAAAUAUUUUCAUUUGAUUCAGUCCAUCAACUUGUUACUUUUGAAUCUGCAUAUCUUGUUAUAAUUGUAAAUGCCACUUAUAUAAAGGACCAUUGUCAUACAUAGCUUGGUACGUCAAUGUAACUUGUAAUAAAAUAUUUUGUAACAUUUUUGGAAA